UAAACUUUGUUGUAACUAUUGGUAACAGUGUAACCAACUCAGCUGUCUCUUCUGAAUGUUUAGCUUUUGUUUCAUUCUUAGUUCGGAAUCAUGGGUAAACAAAAGAAGAAACGUGAUAAUCUUGAGGUAAAUCUUGUUUGUGAAUGGUCUGGAUGUACUGAUCCUCAACACCAUGAUGUUGAUAGUUUCGUUGAGCAUCUCAAGGGUCAUAUUGACCAUGUUAUUACUGCUCAUGAAACACAAAACGCGGGACUUAUUUGUGAAUGGUCUGGAUGCUCUGAAGAAUCCUUCAGCAGCCCUAACGAGUUGAAAGUUCAUAUUAGCUACCAUGGAUUCCAUACUAAGUUGAUGAGCUUUGGCCUACUUGAAAUGAAAUCUAUUAGUGAAAGCUUGGGAAAGGACAUAAACUGUGGUAUAGAUGGUAGUACUCGGACUUUGCUUCCACCUUUGCCUGAUAUGUUCGUCUGCGUUUGGAAAGAUUGCUUGGAAAUAUUUUACGAAGCAGAGGAGUUUUAUCGACAUGUUGAAACACAUCCUUUUGAGCGUAAUAUGAAACAAUUGGCUAUUACAGAGAAUAGCGAUGGACUGGAUGAUGGAGGAUUCAAUAGCCAAUCUGAACCAAGACCAUGUUCUAGUUCUUCUGGUGUCAAACCAAUCCCUGAAGCAGUUAGAUGUUAUUGGUUGGAUUGUUCAUUUAUUUCUGACUCUAAUUCUCAUAUUGCUCAACACCUAAGAAGCCACACUCAAGAAAAAAUAAUUGCUUGUCCAAAUUGUGGAGCUAUGUUUUCAAAUAAAGGCAAAUUUCGUGAUCAUCUCUUACGUCAAUUGGACGAAUAUGAUGUUCAAGUUAACGACCAGGCUAUCACAUUGGAGAUUAAUGAUCAAGAAAUUAUGGUGACUAUUCAUCCAAAUGCAGCAGCUAUAGGAAAUUCUUCAGCUUUCAAAUGUGAACAUUGUGAUAGAUCAUUUCAUUCAAGCUCGCUUCUUCGAGAACACAACCGACGUCAUUUUCAUUAUCAUCAAUGUGAUAUUUGUGGCCAAACUGCUGAUUCACCCUCAGCAUUAAAACAUCAUAAAGCCUAUCGACAUAGUGAGGACAGACCAUUCGCUUGUCAAUUUUGUACGAUUAAAUGUAAAACUAGAUCUGAUUUGAGGAGACAUUUGGAAACUCAUAAUAAAAGUAAUCCAUUCAAAUGUACCUUGUGUAAAUUUGAAUGUCGCUGUUGUCAUACUCUGGCUAAACACAUGAAACGAUUUCAUCAAUCUACCAUGAACGAAUAUCUUUGCCAUGAAUGUGAUAAAAAAUUCACCCGCGGUAAUAAUCUUACUCGACAUUUGGUCACCAUUCAUGGCUAUACUCUUAAACCUGGUCAAUCUAGAUUUAAUUAUGUUCGAGAUAACGACGGUGUCUAUACUUUGGCUCAAUCUGAGUAUACAAAUUAAUUAACUUAACAUUUAUGUAUAUUGUAAAUUACAACCUCUUAGAUUAAAACCGAUAUUUCUAAAAGUUGAAUCUACAUCCUAUAUUAAAUCCUAGAUUAGACGGAAAUAUUGUUAAUUACAAGCAGAUAUGUUAUAAUAGAUGAUACUUUUGUAUACGUUUGACUGAUAUUAAAACACGUUCAAAAAAAUUUAAA